AUGUUGGAAGAGAGGUAUGGUUGCCAAGGAAAUGGUCUGAGGGACAGCGGAGAACAGAUAUUCAUGCUUACCGGCUUUUCCUACAUGAUCGAGACACUUAAUGUUUGUUCUAGCUAUUCUAUCAUGGUAAACAAGGAUAGUCAUAGGUUCAUGUAUUAUUUCUUGGCCUUUGGUGCUUGCAUUAAGGGAUUUGCCCACAUGAGAAAGGUAAUUGCGGUCAAUCGCACUCAUUUACAUGGUAAAUACGAGGGCAUGUUGUUGAGCGUUGUGGCACAAGAUAUAGAAAAUCAUGUCUAUCCAAUUGCUUUUAGUAUUGUGGACAAAGAGAAUAAUGCAUCUUGGACAUUCUUUUUUGAUAAAUUGAAGGAGAUUGUGGUCGAUGAACUAGGUUUGUGUUUUAUCUCCGAUAGACAUAAGAGCAUCACCAACUGUAUUGUGAACGUUUACAAUCAUGCUCACCACGGAUAUUGUAUGAGGCACCUCGAUGAAAAUCUCCGUGUAAAUCAUCAUUGUGGAGAUUACCUUUAUCUUUACUACAAUGCGGCAAAGGCUUAUUCCUUGGAGAAGUUUGACAAUCAUUUUGUAGAAUUCAAGAACACAUGUCCUGCGGUAGCCGUCGUCCUUGAGUAUGAUAUUGUUUUUGAGAAGUGGAGCAGGACACAUUUUUCUGGCAAUAGAUAUGAUGUGAUGACCACAAAUAUCGCCGAGUCACUCAAUGCUAUAUUGAUAGAUGAAAUGGAGUAUCCCGUGGCAUCAAUAUUUAAUUCGAUUGCUAAGAAUUUUGGAGAAUUAUUCAGGGAGAGGCAUGCAUAUAUCCUCAAAUCAAUGGGAAUCAAUGGGUAA